CUCAAGUCGCCAUCGAGAUGCAUGUCUGCGCAAUCCCUCCACAGCCGAUAACCAGUGCCAACGGACCACUUCGGCCGGCCUCGUCCCCUGGUUGGCGUCGCUGGCAGCCAAGCAACAGACACAAGUCGAAGCUGCCCGUCUUUCUGGACAAGGCUCUGCCUACAGGACAUGAUGAACAAAUGGCCCGCCCCGCCUCGCCAGUGACCAUAAUGCAAACCCCUCCUGAGGAUGGGAAGAGCGCCUCCAUAAGCAGUUCUGUGGAAGAGACGCAGAUUGAGAUAAAGUCGUACGUUGAAGAGGUCUCUGAGUUGGAGGUUAAGCCACUGCUUGGACACGACAAAAACCUCUCCCGACGCUCUACUGGAAGCUCCUUACGAAAGCGGUCAUUGAAAGUCCGGCACAGACUCCGGCAUCUCUUGCGUUUGCAAGACAACCGCGAUGACUCGGAAGAUCCUGAGAGUGGGGCGCCAACAGAGCUCUCCAAGAAGGCAAGCAAAGCGCAAAAGACAAAAGAGAAGGCCUCAGAGACGGAAGGUGGUGGACCAAUGAACGACAUAACUUAUCACAUUGCGACUGGCCUGUGUUGGUACAUGCCGGCCCCGUUCGACAUGAUGCCGCCUGGAUACCCUGUGAGGCUGUUUUAAAAGUCAUCGUGCUUCAUGCUGGAGUC